AUGGACACCGAUAGCGAGUGGGCCAGUGAGCCGAUUGCCAUCAUCGGCAUGAGCUGCAAGUUUUCCGGCGGUGCCAGCAAUCCAGACAAGCUCUGGGACCUUAUGGCGUCAGGCAAGACCGGCUGGAGUGAGAUUCCAGAGGAACGAUUUAACCUUAAAGGAGUCUAUCACGCAAACCAUGAAAGAACCAGCACAACGCAUGUCAAAGGGGGCCAUUUUCUGGACGAGGAUGUAGCAGUCUUUGACGCAGCGUUCUUCAACUAUUCGGCGGAGAUGGCCCAGGUGGUCGACCCUCAGUUCCGGCUGCAGCUCGAAUCCGCUUAUGAAGCGCUUGAAAACGCCGGCCUGCCCCUGUCCCGGGUAUUAGGGUCUCAAACGUCCGUCUUCGCUGGCGUUUUCGCCCAUGAUUACCAGGAAGGAAUUAUCCGAGACGAAGAUAGACUGCCACGAUUCAACGUAGUCGGCACAUGGAGUCCCAUGUCAUCCAAUCGCAUCUCACACUUUUUCGACUUUCGGGGCGCCAGCAUGACUCUAGAAACCGGCUGUUCGACGACAUUGGUGGCUCUCCACCAAGCGGUCCAGACCUUGCGUAACCGUGAGGCCGACAUGUCCGUGGUGACUGGCGCCAACGUGAUGCUGAAUCCGGACACCUUCAAGGCCAUCGGGUCACUGGGAAUGCUGUCGCCUGACGGGCGGUCAUACUCGUUUGAUUCCCGUGCCAAUGGGUAUGGCCGUGGAGAGGGUGUGGCUACCAUCAUCAUUAAGCGACUGUCGGAUGCGCUGGCUGCCAAUGACCCCAUUCGUGCAGUGAUCCGUGAAACAGCAGUGAACCAGGAUGGCAAGACGGACACCAUUACAACGCCAUCCGGUGCAGCGCAGGUAGAUCUCAUGCGGGAAUGCUACAGCCGUGCUGGCCUUGACCCUCGCGGCACUCAAUAUUUCGAGGCCCACGGCACAGGGACGCCCACUGGUGACCCAAUUGAAGCUCAAGCCAUGGCCACUAUCUUCAGCGAAGGCCGGGAUGACAAGAACCAUUAUCUGCGUAUUGGCUCCGUAAAAACCAACGUGGGCCAUACCGAGGCCGUUUCCGGUCUUGCUGCCGUGAUCAAAGGUGUCUUGUGCCUCGAGAAGGGGUUGAUUCCGCCUACUGUCAACUAUGAAAUGCCCAACCCCAAGCUCAAGCUGAAUGAGUGGCGACUCAAGGUGGUGAGGACGAUAGAGCAUUGGCCUGACAGUCUAAUUGAUGGACCUUGCCGCAUGUCAAUCAACAACUUUGGCUACGGCGGCACCAAUGCUCAUGUCAUUUUGGAGAGCGCCGACCCUUGGACUUUAACUCCAGAUCUGGAUUUUGAGCUCGUCAAUGGCAAAGGUCUGAAAGGCAAUGGAGAUGCCUCGGACGAUGUCUCGGACGCCAAAGUGCUCAUCCUCAGUGCACGCGACGAACGAGGUUGCCAGCAAAUGGUUUCUGACCUCAAGGGUUAUCUGGAAAAACACAAGCCGCUUGACCGCAAGGCCUCUAAACAGCUGCUGCAGAAUCUGAGCUACACCUUGUGCGAGCGUCGGACCCUCUUCCAGUGGGUUGCAACGCACCAGGUCCGUCUUGAUAGCGGGGCUCUUGACUCUGUGAUUCAAGGCCUUGACUCGCCUUGUUUCAAGCCAACCCGUCGAGCUUCUGAGAGCCCACGCAUCGGCAUGGUCUUCACCGGCCAGGUCUUCCGCCGGUCCAUUGAGGAGGCUGAGACGUACCUGAACGCCCUUGGCGCUGACUGGUCAUUGCUCGAGGAGCUACAGCGUGACAAGAAGACAACGAAGGUCCAUGAGACAAAAAUCAGCAUUCCAAUUUGUGUAGCGCUGCAGAUUGCUCUAGUCCGUCUGCUCGAAUCUUGGGGCAUCACAGCAUCAGGAGUCGCCAGCCACUCAUCAGGUGAGAUUUCAGCGGCUUUUGCUGUGGGGGCUCUCACCCAUCAUCAGGCCAUAGCUAUAGCCUACUUCCGCGCCAUCAUUGUAGCAGACGGAACACAGCGCGCACCGGGAUCUGCCAAGGGCGCUAUGGCGGCAAUCGGGUUGGGUGUUGGCACGGUGCAGCCUUACCUCGACAGGUUGACCGAGGGCAAAGCUGUAGUUGCAUGCGUCAACAGCCCUCAGAGUGUCACCAUCUCUGGUGAUGAAGACGCCAUUGAUGAAAUUACCGACUUGUGCAAGCAGGACGGCGUGUUUGCUCGUCGUCUCAAAGUCCAACAGGCAUACCACUCACAUCAUAUGGACCCCUUCGCUGAUACCUACCGGGAGCGUCUUCGAAUCGAAAUGGACCGGAGUGUAGUUAAAGGUGACAAGCAGAAGCUCAAGGCUGUUUUCUCAUCCGCAGUCACUGGCGGGCGGAUCACCGACAUCAAGGAGAUUGCCAGCCCCGAUCACUGGGUCGGUAGUCUGAUACGGCCGGUAGAGUUCGUUGACGCCUUGACUGAACUGGUUCUCGGGGAUCCUGAUGACCCGACAGGCAGGAGCGUUGAUGUUCUUCUCGAGGUCGGCCCUCAUACAGCCCUGGGAGGCCCAAUCCGCGAGAUCCUGUCACUGUCCGAGUUUGGAGGCAUUGAGCUUCCAUACUGGGGAUGUCUCGUACGCGACGAGCACGCAGGAGACAGUAUGCGCUCCGCCGCGAUCAAUCUGUUCCGUGAGGGACAAUCCCUUGCCAUGGACAAGAUCAACUUCCCCGUGCCUGCAUAUGAUGGCGAGGGCCCCCAGGUCUUGACCAACCUUCCAUCGUAUCCCUGGAAUCACACUAUGCGCCACUGGCAAGAGUCCAGAGUCAACCGUGCCAUUCGCGAGCGCGGCCAGCCUCCUCACGAACUACUCGGCAUGCCCGUGGCUGGCAAUGACCCCAGCGCGUCCGUAUGGCGUAGGGUAUUGCGUGUCACCGAAACCCCAUGGCUGCGCGAUCAUAUGGUCCAAGGCAGUAUUGUGUACCCAGGCGCUGGUUAUAUUUGCCUUGCAAUCGAGGCAGUUAGGCAAUUGACUGAUCAAGACAAGUCAGUCUCAGGACUCCGCCUGCGUGACAUCAACUUCUUAUUCGCCCUUGUUAUUCCAGACAACGCGGAUGGCGUGGAGAUCCGAACAACACUCCAGUCUGUGCCUGAGCGUGAGAUCGGGGCUCAAGGCUGGUGGCGCUUUGAGGUCUCGUCAGUCACAUUGGAGAACCGGUGGACACUGCACGCUACAGGCAUGGUUGGUAUAGAAGAGUCAGCUGUCCUGGAGACUGAACGUCGUCGUCGUCCAUUGUCGAUUUACACCCGCCAGCCAAACCCCCAGGACUUGUUUGCCAAUCUCAGGGCACACAGCGUCUAUCACGGUCCGCUCUUUCAAAACACCAAUCGAAUCAUCCAGGAUGGCCGAGAACCGCGAUCCAUAUGCGACAUCACGAUCCGCCACGAAGCUUCGUCUGAUACAGACCCGGAGGUGGCAGCACAGAACAGCCUGUUACACCCAAUCACGCUCGAUGCUGUAUUUGUGGCCUUUUAUUCCGCCCUCCCCAGCGUCGGAGCGCUACAGGAAGAGCCCAAGCUCCCGCGGUCUGUCAGAGCGAUGUGGAUAUCCAGCAACAUCAGCCACCAGAUCGGCCACACGCUGCAGUGCGACACUUCCCUACUUAAUGAUGACCCCCAACGCGGAAGGGCCGACAUUACAGUAUUCGACGGCAAAACGGAUGCCACAGUGCUCAAGAUUCAGGGCGUCGAGCUGGCAGCUCUGGGAAGGGGCAGCUCAGCCAGCACCUCGACGGAGGUGUGCAGCAGGGUUGUCUGGGAACCAGACCUUUCAUUUCGAAACCCGCUGGCUUUCGAGCAGAUUAAGAAGCAUCUGGCGUCUACAAACUCUGAUCAAGAGGCAGAUGUGGUCAGGGACCUACAGCGCUUGUGCAUUGCUUAUGCCUCUGAUGCCCUUCGAGAGCUGACCCCGGGGGAUGUGGCCGGCCUUCAGGAACAACCACAUCUGGCCAAAUACUACGCAUUUCUACGUGGAUUAGUCAAUAAAACUACCGAGGAGCCUGGAAAGCCUCAGCAGUCCAUGGAGAGCGUUGAUGAGAAGGUGGUCUGCCGUCUCGGACCCCUCCUCCCAUCUAUCCUUCGUGGUGAGCGCAGCGUGGAAGAAGUCAGAAGCUUAAUGGAUGAAUACAACACCAACUCAAGGCGCCAGUUAUCAUCCCUCAGACAGCUCUCUGCUCUACUACAAACAAUUGCACACAAAAGCCCAGGUGCUCGCGUCCUCCAGAUUGGGAGUAGUACUGGCGCCCUCGCCACACGUCGCAUACUGGAGACCCUUGACACGAACUUGGUGGCCAGCUGGCACAUCACUGAGCCAUCAUCGGAAUUAUUGGAUAAUGCGCGUGCUCAGCUUGCUGACUGGGCCGAUUUGCUCCAGUUCGAGCAACUCGAUAUUGAGCAGAGUCCAUUCAAGAAGAAGUUUAUCCCAGAGAGCUACGACGUUGUUGUAUCCUUGCAUGCUCUACACGCUAUCAAAAACCCAGCCAGUGCGCUGGGAAAUGUACGUACUCUGCUGAAGCCAGGGGGAACGCUGCUUUUGGUGGAGACGACUAAGAAUCAGGUUGAUGUGGAUUUCGUCUUUGCUUUACGUCCAGGCUGGUUGCAGGACAAGAAUCCACUUACCUCCUGGGACGCCGUGCUUCAAGAUGGAGGCUUCAGUGGUCUCGACCUCGAGAUAUAUGACUCAGAGAGCGAUAUUCAUACCAACAGCGUCAUCAUGUCCACUGUGCCUGCCAAGGACCAGAAGGCUGACCUGAGCAAGGUUAAAGACAGCUUUGCAGUUGUCUCCAGCAUCAAGACACCCCCAUCAUCCCCCAUUGUCGAUCAGUUGUGCCAGCGCAUUCAGGCCUUGACCGGUACAGCUACGACGCACCUCGUCUUGGAAAAGACGAGCGGCAACACAUACAAGGACAAGAUUUGUGUUUUUAUUGGCGAGCUUGACCGGCCCAUUCUGGCAGACCUCGAUGCAGUGCAGAUGGAAGGCCUCCGCGCAAUGGUCACGCAGUGCAGUGGCCUGCUCUGGGUCACGACUGGUGGGACUGUUGAACGCGAGGCUCCCGAACGGGCUGUGCACCAAGGCUUCUUGCGUGUGCUGCGCAACGAAUACAUCAGCCGCUACUUCAUCUCCCUGGACCUUGACCCUGCUCAUGCAGACGCAGGUGCAGCCGGAUGGUCCUCAGGUGCAAACCCCGCCGUGUCGGCCAUUGUGCAGGCGCUCGAAGAGGGGUUUGGGCAUGGCAGCACUCGAACAGGUCCAGCCGAGUUCGAGUACGCCGAGCGAAACGGUGUCUUGCAUAUUCCCCGCUACUAUAAGGACGAGAAAUAUAACAAUAUGGUCACUUGCCCGCUUGCGCCGAGCUGGAGUGACCACGACGAGCGCAGCAUUCCCUUAGAGCGCCUCUUCCAGGACCGACAACUCCGGUUGCAAGUCGGCAUUCCAGGACACCUAGGCACGCUUGCCUUUGCUGAAAAUGAGGCAAACCAUGCGGACCUACCGCCAGAACUUAUGGAGAUCACCCCUCGAGCUCACGGGGCUUGCUCCCGCGAUGUUAUGGCCGCUAUGGGCCAGCUCAAGGAUCAAGCCAUGGGCUUCGAAUGUGCCGGUAUUAUUGCGCGACUUGGUUCUGAAGCUUACUCUAAGGGCUACAGGGUCGGUGACCGUGUCAUGGCCCUUUCGGCCGGCGCAUCUUUUGCCAGCAAUGUCUGCGUGCCAUGGCAUGGGGUCAUCCAGAUGCCAAAGGACAUGGACUUUGUCAGCGCUGCAUCGCUUCCCCUAGCUUUUACAGUUGCUUACUUUGGUCUCGUUAGGAGUGCAAGCCUGACAACCGGGCAGUCAGUCCUCAUUCAUGCUGCAGCUGGGGCCUUCGGACAGGCCGCAAUCAUGCUGGCCAAGCACCUGGGUGUCACAGAGAUUUAUGCUACAGUCGGCUCCCCUGAGAAGCAAGACAUUCUCGAGCGCGAAUAUGGCAUCCCUUCUGAGCGUAUCUUUAGCAGCCGCGACGCAUCCUUUGCCCCGGCUAUUUUGGCUGCUACCAAGGGACGCGGCGUGGACCUCGUGCUCAGCUCACUUUCUGGUCCGCUACUUCAAGAAAGUCUCAGCACAGUUGCACCUCUCGGUUAUCUGGUGAAUAUCGGGAAGGCAGACAUUGAGAGAAACAGCCUGAUGGCACUCGAGUCUUUCUCUCGCGGCAUCUCUUUCGUAUCAAUGGACGUCCCAACCCUCUUGCAGCGCCGAGGACCAGAUGUGCACCGUACGCUUGGUGAGAUCACCAGCCUGGUCGAACAGCAGGUGCUGAAGCCGGUUUACCCUGUUACCGUUUACCCCAUGCAGGAUGUGCAGGCGGCUUUCCGCUUCGUUCAGACAGGUGACCAGAUGGGUAAAGUUGUUCUUUCAGCUGGAUCGGACGAACAGGUUUACGUGGUCCCUCGACCAAAGGGCUUAACAACUCAAUCUCAACUACGACCCGAUGCAUCGUACCUCAUCGUGGGAGGUGUUGGGGGUAUUGGGCGUUCAGUCGCACACUGGCUAGUGGCUCACGGUGCACAGCACUUGAUCCUGCUUUCUCGCAGUGCUGGCAAUCUCGAUCUCGACCAGAAUAAGAAUAGUGAUGGGGCAUUCUUCAUCAACGAACUACGUCAUAUGGGCUGUCGAGUCAAGCCCGUGAGCUGCGACGUGUCGCUCGCUAGCUCACUAACCGUGGCUCUCAGGGCCUGUGAAGACGACGGCUUUCCUCCAGUGCGCGGCGUCAUCCAGGGCGCCAUGUUACUGCGCGACGCCAUCUUCGAGCAGAUGACACUCGACGACUGGCGCAGUGGCCUGAGUCCCAAGCUGUACGGCACCUGGAACCUGCACACCGAGUUUUCGCAACCGGACUCUCUUGACUUCUUCAUCAUGCUGUCGUCUGUCUCGGGCGUCGCAGGUAUUGCAUCGCAAAGCAACUAUGCCGCCGGUGGCUCCUACGAAGACGCUAUGGCUCGAUGGCGCCAAUCUCAGGGCCUGCCCGGUGUAGCCAUUGACCUAGGUCCCAUUUCUGACAUUGGCUACGUUUCGACAGACCCCAGAGUCGCCGAGCGCCUGCGCAAGGAUGGUGAAUUCGCCAUGCUUGACGAGGGUAUUGUUCUCCGUGCCCUCAACGCUGCGAUUUUACAUCCACUAGGCCGGUCUCAGAUAAUCAUCGGUCUCACAUCCUCCCCGGGUCCUCAUUGGGACCCCAAUGGCCGCUCUCAGCUCGGCCGUGAUGCGCGCUAUGCAACGCUGCGACCUCACACUAAGGUCUCGGCACGACAGGACGGCGAAAGCACCAGUGCCUCGCUCGCCACGCAGCUCGCAGAUACCAACGACCCGCAAGAGGGAGCGAGGCUCAUCGGAGCGGCUAUUGCAGAGAAGCUUGCGGACAUUUUUAUGACGCCCAUAGCGGAGAUCGAUCUCAGCAAGCCGCCGGCCCACUAUGGGGUCGACUCGCUGAUUGCGGUAGAGCUGAGGAAUAUGCUUGCAUUGCAGGCGGCGGCGGAUAUUUCCAUCUUCAAUAUCCUACAGACGGCCAGUCUGGCUGCGUUGGCUGGGUUGGUGGCGGAGAAGAGCAGGCAUUUCCAGGCUUAG